UGCGCGUGAAGUCCGAGGCUGAUGACAGGGCGGAAGUGUCAUGGCGCCGUGCGUCCUGCAGCGUCAGAGGCAGCACAACACAUACAACACCGCCUGGAAUGACUCUUCUCCCUCGGGUUCGGACUCGAUAUCUGAUUAGGACUCUGGAGUGAUCGAAGAUCUAGGAUGGCUGAUUCGGGCUCAGGUGACCCCAGUGGUCAACGUGUUGCAGCUCCUGGAGGGAGCAGUGCAGGACAGCUGGUGGGCCGCCGACCAUCGGCUGCCAUCACUGCCGGCCGUCUCCCUUCAAUGCGAUCGAGGGACCUCACCCUGGGAGGGGUCAAGAAGAAAACGUUUACACCCAACAUUAUUGGCCGAAAAGCCAAAGACGAAACAAAAGUUGAUAGUGGGCAAAGGAGAGAGAGGAAGGAUGCCGACCGAGGCCGAGGCUCGAGAGAUAGAGGCAGGGGCCGAGGUCGCCCAGAGAUCAUCCAGUCCCACUCUAUUUUUGAACAGGGGCCUGCAGAGAUGAUGAUGAAAAAGAGAAGUGGCUUUGAAAGUGAGAGAGACGCACCGAGCGUGGGGCCCUCACCCAUCAUCAAUAUUAAAAAGGAGAAGAGAGAGACUGAGGAAGAGACCAAAGAGAUUCUCCGCAAUCUGGAACGAGAAAAUUUUGUAGACGACCCCUUCCUGAAGAGUGAGCAGAGGAGCUGCCCUGUUCAGCUUCCCCUCGCUGUGUCAGGAUGGGGAUUCAGGGAGGAAUUUAGUAGCGCUGCUGUUAAAAUUGAGAAGGUGGACGAGGAUUGUGAACCCAUGGAGCCUGCAGUUAAAGUCAAACAGGAGCUGGAUGAAAUGGAAAUACAGAAAACAGAGGUCACUUACAAGCCUCCUCCUCUCCCCGAGCCUGAAGUCCUGCCUGACCUGCUCAAUAAAUGGAGUCUGAGCAAAGGGGAGGAGCUGUUCUUCAUUCAGAUGCCUGACUCACUGCCCGGCCAGCCUCCCACCAAAGAGCACAGGCCGAUGAAAACAGAGGUGCAGUCAGAAGAUGGACAGUCUGUGCUUCUGAAAACGGAGUCUACGGAAGAGGAAACUGAAGACAACAACUGUAAUAUGAAAGAUCUGCGGGAGGGGCUUGUAGGAAAGAUGCUGGUGCGGAAGUCUGGUCGGGUUCAGCUCAUACUGGGACAAGUGACACUUGACGUGUCUCUGGGAACAUCAUGCUCUUUCCUUCAGGAGCUGGUCUCUAUUGGUACAGAGGGAAGAACCGGUGACUUGACUGUAUUAGGAAAUAUCAAACACAAAAUGGUUUGCUCCCCAGACUUUGAGGCACUACUGGAGGGCAGCGCUUGAUGCACGUCAAAGCAGCGCAGCCCAAGCCAUGAUGGAUGGAUGCACUUGUGGUGGUUUGUGACGUUGUCAAGAAACACACUGUUACCAUGGACUGUCCCUGGACAGUUGAUUUUGCUUUUGUGUUUACAGAGUGGCUAUAAUAAUCUAUUGAAACACACUACCGGUAAUUAUGAAACGUGAGUGAGGUUUUAUUUUCUUCUUAUGAAAUGGGCCAAUUAAUUCAGGGUUCAAAGGUUGAAUGGUGUGCCAAAUAGUGAGUACUAUUUACUUUAUCGCUGCAACUGAAAUUACUUGAGAAGUCUGUACAUGAAUGUAAAUGUGUGAAUAAAAAAAAGUUUUGUUAUUCA